CAAUAUAAGGUACGGUUUUAAACAGUUCAAUUUUAUUGAUGGUUAAAAUUGUUGUCGCUUCUACUUUCAGUCAAAACAUUGUUUUAUAAACACGAUGUCAAACAAGAUGAUCGCUUUGAUUCUAUUGCUAGAUUUGAUACAAUCACCUGUGUUAGGUUUAAAAUGCUGGACUUGUGAAAAUGAACCAAAUAUGGAGGCCUGCGACAAAAACGCUGUACUGAAAACCUGCAGAUUCAAUGAACAAUCUUGUCAAACUGUUGCGCGAAGAAUUGGCACCCCGGAUAAUAUGUUCACGGUUUCUCGACAUUGCAAGCAAAAGUUGGCUUGUUUUAAUGAUCAAGCUCAGAAUGGAUUUCCUAUGCCUGGAUUCAAGAUGCCUCGACACCCGCAAUGUAAUGGCGAUCAGCACUCUGCUGUUUGUCGAUGCUGCUGUACGUCCGAUGGCUGCAAUAGAGGACCUCUCAGCUGCAUACCGGAACCGAGAUGCCCAGUGUUGAAGAAACCUGAAUACGGAGAUUUAGUUUGUACCAACGAAAACAAGGUCGGGUCGGUUUGCAGAACCGUAUGUGGGCUUGAUUAUUACGUGUCUCCAAAUGAAGCAGACGUUCGAACAUGUACUGAAAGCGGGACUUGGGAGGGAAUUAAAUCUUGCUGUGCAAGACCGUGUCCACCAAAUGGUAACAUCGAUGUUGUUUUCGUUUUACACGCUUCGGACCCUGGAAACUGGAAGACUGGUCUCGAUGUGAUUGCAACUAUACAGUCUUUAUUCAAAAUGGGAAAAGAUUUCGCCCGAGUUGGCUUCGUUGGAGACAUCGGACACCCGUUCGAGUCCACAGCAAUGCAUUUGAACGACUUCUCCGAACGAGCUUCGUUAUCACUUGCAAUUCGAAGCCAAGCUUUUAAUAACACAGCGAACGGAGCAUCUAGCAUAGCGGAGGUAUUACGAUACGUAAAGCGAUCUAUGUUUUCUACACGAAACGGGAAUAGAAAGAAUGCAGAAAACAUUAUUGUUCUGGUGACUGAUCAAAACAACUCAGCUGGUGGUAUGACAUCAGCCGCAUAUGAAUUAAGAAGGAGUGGUAUUAAGACAUUCGUCGUCAAUUUUGGAGAAACUGAAAGCAAUAAGGACCUGCGCAAUCUGUUGCCAUUAACUCGAUACAUGAAUCGAAUCUUCAGUUGGAAACCUGGAAUGUCAAACCGCACAUUUGCUUUUCGCGUUGGUGUUGCGUUGUGCGGAAACCCUUGUUAGGAUAUUUAUUAAUGUCCACAGCUUUUUCAUCGUUUAGUUAAAACGAUCCCGAAUGUACAAUAUUAAUAUUUAUUUACGUUGUGCUGUUUUUAUUGUAAGAUAUUUAUUUGCUGUUGUGUUGCUGCUGUCCUCUAUAUAAAAAUCGAGGCAAUUUUU